AACAAAUACUCCAAAGUCUUGAGAUUUCUUCAUACUUUCGACCCGGAUGUAGAUAGACGAGUUUGUGAGUUUGAAAUCUUCCGUUUAAACAGCUGGGAGGCACUCGUUGAUCUCAAUCUGGACUGGGGUAUGUCGUUUCAUCACCGUGGCGUGUCUGUAAAGGGCAACGCUUACUGAUAACCAUUUGAAGAGCUACCAUAUGGAAGAUUAAAUUUUUGCUUCUUAUGCCCCCACCACUCCAUGGGAGUCAGAAUGCAAGCACGACGAAGACGGCAUUAAAGGGCUAGAAGAGAUGACUCAUUUUUCUUGCAGAUCAUCUUUGCAAGAAAUUUCAUUACUUUUUUUGCCUCAAGAUCAUUGUCUCUAUUUAAAACUGCAUGAGUUAAUUAAUCUUUGUGUAGGGGAAAAAAUCAUUCGUGGUGAAAGAAAGACAAGUUAUAACGUGUUGGAUAACAAGUCCCUCGACCAUUUCAUGCCUGAGUUACCGUCAGAGGAUCCUUUUAACGGUGACACGAACCGAUUUUAUGUGCUGAAGGAAUCAGAGGUUCAAGAGAAUGACUGGAUUCGUCUGUAUUUGGAACUUGCUGUUGCCACAUCUUUCAGGAACCAUAUCACACAUAGUAUGACCAAUUUGAAGAUUCUGAAAGUGGCUAUGGAGAUUACACGAAACCUGGAGCCCUAUAAUAUGGGACUUGAGGCCUAUGACGCAAUUUUCUACAUUAGAUACAAGGACAUUUGCAAGGCUCGAGUUGGUAAGGAUGUCCAUCGCGUUGCUAUGGUCAGAAGAAUCUUGGAUGUGCACUCGGGAGUCUUUAGAAUCGUCGGUGAAACUCAGAACUUACAAACUACAAAACCAUCAAACGCCAUAGAAGCUGGCUCGUCGAUGGUUGACUAAUAAGUUAUUUCGUGAGUUUGGAUUGUUAAGUGGACUGCCCUUUUUGUGUAAUUUGUACGGAUUGUUCUGCUGCUACGUGAGAAGAGCAAUAUAAAAUUCAUAAUUUCUCUUUCAAAAACCA